UGAUGGAGGGCUUCAUCUGAUUAGUCGUGCUGGUGGAGCGGAGGGUAAGACGGGAUAGACAGAGGAUGUACAUCUCUUCCAAUAGAGCAUGAGAGAGAGGAGCAGCACAGAGCACAGCAGACAAGGCACAAAAAUGGAUUCCUUCUUCAGAGGCAACUUUUGGAUGACAUUCAUCCUGUCCACACUGCCACUCCUCAGCUGCACCAUGGUUUGCCCCAGAAGCUGUCAGUGCAACUUUAUGGGAGCUGUCAUGUGCGUUGGCCACACCAUCACAGAUAUACCACAGCUGCCCCUCCACACAUACAUGCUACAGCUCAAUGACACAAACAUGGUCAUCAUAAAUGAGCGGAGUUUGGCCAACCAGGACCUCUUGUUGCGUUUUAGUCUCACUCACAGCCACCUGCGCACUAUCCACCCACGGGCCUUCCACGUAGCUCCUCAGCUUAAGUCUGUCAAGCUGUCGUCCAAUGAUCUCUCUACCCUCCCUGCUCAAGUGUUCAGUCCACUCAGUAUGCUGAACCAGCUGCAUUUAGACGGGAACCAGCUGGAGACCCUUGCUCCAGAAAUGUUUCAAGGGCUUGCUGGUUUGCUGGAUCUGGAUCUGAGUCGUAACAAACUUACGAGUCCUGCUUCGGACAUUUUUGAUGGACUGACAAAUCUCACCUUUCUGAACCUCGGCAGGAACUUCAUCAAGAAGCUUCCACCUACCAUCUUUCACUCCCUUACCAAGCUUCAGCUUCUCUUUAUCUAUCACAAUGAGAUAGACGUGCUAGAAGCUGGGAUCUUUGAUAAACUCGUAAACCUUGUGGAGCUAAAACUUCACCACAACCAUAUUGCCAGGAUUGCACCUCAGGUGUUCUGGUCACUGAGGAAGCUAAUCAUCUUGACUCUGUCCUCCAACCAUCUUCAGGCUAUCCCAGAGAAGAGCUUCUACAACAUGCCCAAGUUGAACAAACUCACCAUUUACAGCAACCCUCUGUUAUCUCUGCCAGAUGAGCUGAUGGGUCACAUGCCUGAAAUGAGAGAAUUUUAUCUGUAUGGUACCAACCUCACCACUGUUCCUGGGAAUUUGUUUGCUAACAUGUCUGGGCUACUGAGGCUUAACUUCCAUUUAAAUGACAAGCUAAGGGAGUUGCCACCAGAUGUUUUCUGCUGCCUUCCCGACCUUGAAAAGCUCUCCCUGAAAUACAACAACAUCGUCCACCUGCACCCUGACCUGUUCUCCAAACUACCUAAAUUGAACACACUGCUCCUCAAUAACAACCAACUGCAGAGUCUGCCAGAGACCAUCUUCCAGGGCCUUGGAGGAAUUGUGAGCAUAGAUUUAAGAUUAAACAUGCUAAAAACUCUUCCAGGAGAUAUUUUCUUGUCAAAUGCAGCCCUGAAGGCUCUUACUCUGAGUGACAACCCCUGGAGCUGCACUUGUAGCAUCAGGGAUAUUGCACGAUGGAUAAGACACAAUGAGCAUGUUGUUAUGGACAAAAAAGACGUGAUAUGUCACAGUCCAUCAUACAACAUGCUCCGCACCAUUGGCUCUCUGACAGAGGAUGAGUUCGACUCUUGCGAUCUUAAAAGGACCAACGAUUAUUUUCCUCUUAGUGAUGAAGAAUUCCAUGAGCCAACACAACCAUUGCAUGUUGCUUCAACCCAUGGACAAACCACAUUCACGUCACCCACAACAACAAAAACAACAAAAAUAACAACAACAGCAUCAAGCACCACUUCAGGAGCGGACCAGACAGCGAUCACUCCAGCUUCAAAACCAAUUACCUCACACCCUACAGCCCUCUUAACAUCCCUUCCUUCUACAGCCACCACUCUACCUAAUGGAGCUCCUAAUGUGGCAGCUGUUUUCUCUGGCAUGUUGGUGGUUGAACAGGGCCCUGAGUUUGUCCACCAUAACUUCCACAAAGGCUGGGUGUACGUUUGGUUUCUGCCCUCCAACACGACCAUGGCUGGAUUCCUCAUGUUUUGCCACAUCAUUCUUGUGACCACAGGCUUGCUGCUCAUUCUCGCUGCCAUUUAUGGCAUGUGUCGCCUCAACAAAGCUAUGCUAAAUGCUGAGUAUGCACAUUAUAAGGAAAAACACAUUGUUAUCAAGAGUGCUGCACAAGAAGAUAGACUGUCUUUCUCCACAGGCUCCAUUUCCUGAACCAUUACAGUUGUUGCUUUUUCUUGAAGUUGAGUUGAAGACAACUGAACCUGGAAUAAAAGAUCUGAAAUGCUGUGACAAAGAUAAAUCUGAAGACAUUUUCAAAUAGUGGAACUGCAUUAAGUAAUACUGCAAAGUCGUAAGUUUCAGAAAACAGAGCUAUAAUAAUGUUAUAUAUUUUUCAUCAAUUUUUUGAUCGUAAUUAUAACAUUUGUACAGCUAUUAGGAUCUAAUUACUCAAUUUUAACAUAUUCAGCAAUUCAUUGAAAGCAGAUCAUGAAAUAAAGAGGUUAUCUUAAUGUCUUUGGGUUUUUGACUCUUUGUCAGAAAUAGACCAAACCACUCAUCGAUCAAUGCUUCCUCCUUUGCUUUGUACCCUGUCUAGUGUUGCAUGCAACCAUUAAAUCGCCCUGAUGUCUGUCCAGUAUGUGUAAAUGUACCCCGUUUUAUUUGCCUGCUUUUGCAUUAGAAAAUAUAUAAGAAUAAACGUCAUUAAGUUUAUCAGAAGUACUUUGAUGCCCUCUAGUGGUGAAGAUGUUAAACUGCAGGAGGAACCAUCACAGCUUCAGAAUGUACUUAACUGUGGUUUUUGCAUAAAUACUGAAUAAAUUUCUCAGUUCAGA